GAGGUGGCAGCGUGCCGGCGGGUGUGGGAUCCGAUUACGGGGAUUAACCGAGACUGCACGAAGGAAGGAACAAAGAUAGGGUUUCUGUGGAGCGUUCCCGGCUCGUUCAUUGGGACGCUGUCACGUCAGGUCCGGAUCCGACUGUUAAACUUAAAGCGAUUUUUAUAGUUGAGCAGAACAUGGGACAUGGUAGCAGUCAUAGUCUUGGGAUCCCUGCUGGAAAGGGGCCACAUCUUGUUGGAUGUAUAGAUAUUAUGGUUGAUCACACGAUUCAGGGAUGUUUUUUGCGCCUGUACUACCCUUGUAUUCAGCGUGAAAAGAAUCAACAGCCAUUGUGGAUUCCCAGGCAUGAAUAUUACAGAGGACUUGCUGAUUUUCUUAAAUACAGCAGAAAACCUAUGGAUUAUAUUUUAAAGUAUAUGUAUGGGUCAUACAGAGUUCCUGCUGAAUGGGAUGCCCCAUUUAAAUCAGAUGGAAAAUAUCCCCUAGUCAUCUUCUCCCAUGGCCUUGGAGCUUUCAGGACUCUUUAUUCAGCUAUAUGCAUUGAAGUGGCUUCUUGGGGAUUUGUGGUUGCUGCUGUGGAACACAGGGAUGGAUCAGCUUCAGCAACCUUUUACUAUGAAGAGAGAACUAAAGCAGCCAGUGAAGUAGAACAGCAUACCUCAUCCACCAGCUCAAUGCUUACUUUGGAUCAGUUGGAGGAGAAGUGGCUUUACUAUCAGCCACACGAACAAGGAGAACAAGAAUUUCCCAUUCGUGAUUUGCAGGUACAUCAGCGAGCAGAAGAAUGUACCAGGGCCUUAAAUCUGCUUAUUGAUAUAAACAAGGGAAAAUCUGUCCAUAAUGUAUUUCCAUUAGAGUUUGAUUUCACCAAAAUGAAGGAUUGUCUUGAUGUGUGUAAGGUAGCUAUUAUGGGCCACUCAUUUGGUGGUGCUACAGUUGUUGAAUCGCUUAGCAAGGAGCUUCGAUUUGGUUGUGGAGUGGCAUUAGAUGUAUGGAUGUUCCCACUAGAAGAUGAUAUUCAUGCAAAGGUACAGAAGCCAAUAUUAUUCAUCAACUCAGAAAAAUUUCAGUGGCUUGGAAAUAUCCUGAAAAUUAAACAACUUGAUUCAAGCACUGUACAGCGAAAGAUGAUAACAAUCAUGGGUACAGUUCAUCAAAGCUUCCCUGAUUUUACUUUUUGACUGGCCAUUUCCUUGGAAAGAUGGUUUGGACUGAAAGGAACAAUAGAUCCCCAUAUAGCAAUCGAUAUUAGCAAUAAAGCUGCUCUAGCAUUCAUGCAAAGACACUUGGGUCUUCAGCAAGGUUUUGAUCAAUGGGAUCCUCUUACUGAUGGGAAAGGAGAACAUAUUAUACCUGGCACAAAUAUUCCUCUGCCUCAAUCAAAUUCUAAAUGCAAACAAUGACUAUGCAAACUUGAGUGUACCCCAGGAAAAAAAAAUUAGUAUUUGCAGACUUACCUAUAGUAUUCACUGUUGUGCAGUAUAUUUGCCAUUUUUAAUAUUCAAAUACCAUCAGCCAUACAAAACAUUACCUCCAUAAAUUUUGUUUCAUUUUGUUGUUUGCAGAUCCAUGUUUCAGAUAAACACUACAAUAUUCAAAUUGUCUAAUUAUUCUAGUACUAAGACAUUGGGAUGCAAGUGAGUUACCCGAAUGUUUGUAUCUUAAGUGAACAGUUUCACAUCUUGAGUUCCCACAGCUUUUAGGAUGGUGAAAUAUUGCAUUUAGUAUUUUGAUAAUACACUCAAUUGUGCAAGUCUAAUGCAGGUGUUCUAUCUUUUACUAGCCCCACUGUUCUGAAGCUAAAAGUUCAUUCUUAACAGGAUUUUAUUAAGAAAAGUGUUAAAGUAUAUAAAUUAAGUUUCUGGAGAGUGACUGUGAAGUUUUUUUUCCUCUACAUUGUUUGCUAAUUUUUUUUUAAACUUCAAUGAUUUUUUGCAGCCUGUUUUUUUUCCCCAAUGGAACUUUUAAGACUCUAUUCCCUCCUUGCAUAUUAGCAGAACUUUGUUUGGUUAGUUGAAUAACAAAGCUUUCCUUUUCACUAUUGGUAAAAUGUGUCCAAGGCAAUCACCUCAGGUUGCAAGUACUGUUUGGUUCAUCAGGAACAGAUUGUAACUAUACUAUACCACUGCAACUGCACUAAUAGCACUCUGUUCCAUGGCCAGCCCAGAGUCAAAAUAUUUACUACAUUCUGCACCAGACCCAAAUAUAACAUGGAAGUGUAGUUGUACCCUUGUUUAUGGAGAGCUGAAAUAAGAAGCAAAAAUAUUCCUGAAGAUGCCUUAUUCUUCCAAAAAAAACUGGAUUUUCACUUCCACUAGCUCUUGGAGUCAGGUACACAUUUCCAAAUUAAAUAGAAUGAAAAUUAGACAGGUUCUGUUGAAAUUGGUCAAUCCACUUCAGAUCACAGUGCAGGCCGAGGUGACUUUUAAAAUCCCUCUCGUGUGCUGAGAUUUACUGGAACUAUAGUUUGCUAUGUUAAAGUAAGCUCACCUUUUCACUUUAAUUAUAAAUUACUUUUUGUAAAGUUAUCUUAUCUUGGCCAGGUUCAACAGGAAUCUAACUAGAGGGCUGCAAUUUUUCCCUCUCCUCCCCUUCCCCCAUCGGGCACCUGCCUCCAUACAGAACCUUUGACCUAUCCCCUGGUGGGGCUGCUCUGCCUACCUCCCUUGCCAUCUGCCUUUCACUGUCUCUUACCUGCAUUUACCUAUUACCACCUUGUGUCCACCCCAUCUUUGUCCACCUAUCACUGCUGUUUUUCCCUCCUAUAAUCUGGGCUUCCACUUUUCCUAUCUUCAGUCCUGAACAAGCAUCCUGACCCAAAACAUUGACAGUCUGUUUUUCUUCAUGGAUGCUGCCUGACCUAUUGAGUUCCUCCAGCAUCUUGUUGUUUUUCAUCUAGAUUCCAGCAUCUGCAGUCCUUUGUUUCUCUAGUACUGCAAUUAUACUACCUGCAGAACUUGCUGUAAACUAGAAACCAAAGUUUCCUAUGUGACUGAUUUGCACGAUUAGUUACUGCUAGCUGGAGGAUGAUGUAAUGACAAAGUCAAUCAAAUCAGUGACUUUCCUACAAUCAGAAUGAAGGUAAUUAAAACAAGUCUAGGUGAUGUAAACAAUUAAUACAAAUUUUUCUACACUAGCCUAGUGCAAGCUGCAAAUGCUUAUGCAUUUUUGGUGGGGGGGGGGGGGGGGGAGGGAAAGAGGUGGUUGUGUUCAUUUCUCCUGUCACUUGCAUUGUAUAAGCAGGUCAACUGUGGAUAUCAUGUUAAAUGUUCCUUUUUUUUGUCCAAGAAUGGUUUCUUCAACUGAUUUCUAUGAAGUUGAAUUUAGUUUCAAAACUUAAGAAUUUAGGUAAACUGCUCAAUAAUAACACAUGUUUAAAAAGUUACUGUUAACUAGUAAUGUUUGAAAAAUUUAAGCCUUAGUACUUUAAUGAUGUGCUGUUUAAAUGUACUUUCAAAACAUCCAGAGAACAAUAGGUGCUAUUUAAAUACCAGUACUUCUUUACCAAGUACUCAUUGCUAUUUCCUGUCUUAUUCCAUUAAGAAUCUUUCAUGGA